GGCUCCCCGAGAAAGUGCGUCUUCAUCCACCAUCACACCUGAGCCGCCGGGCGCGCGCACGGACCGGCCCCGGCCCCGGCCCCGGCCCCGGUCCCGGCCAUGGCGGCCGAGCCGCUGCCCUUCCCCUCCCCGCUGGGGCCGCUGUCCGGCUGGGAGCUGGAGGCCUGGUACGAGGACCUGCAGGAGCUGCUGUCCAGCGACGAGGCCCGGCCCCGGUCCGCCCCGCCCAACGGAGCUGAGCAGGUGCAGCGGCAGCCCCUCCCCACCUUGGACGUGGCCCCCCUGGCGUGGGCGGCAGCAGCGGAGGAGUCCGGUCCCGGCAGCAGCACCGAGCCCGGUCCCUCCACCCCCCGGCUGAAUGGGCAGAGCCCCCGCGCGGGGCGCGGCGACCCUUCCCCGCCGCCCGCCGGAGAGGGGGGGAGCCCCGGGGGGCCGCGGCCGGGAGCGGGACGGCGGCGGCGACGCCGGCCCCGGCGGCAACGGGAGGCGCAGGGCGGCCCCGGCACGGUGGCCCGGCUGCUGGAGGAGAACGCGCGGCUCAAGCGGGAGAUCGAGUGGCUGAGCGCCGAGGUGGAGGGCGCUCGCCGGGCUCUGAUCGCACGCGUGGUCAGCCUGCCCCCCUGACGGACAUCUGGCGGACCCCCCGACCCACACCCGAGGGACGGACGCGCUGACGGAGCGGGCCGCGUGCACGGGAGCUUUUAUUAGUAAAGCGAUGGACCCCC